GCACGCCUGGCGACAGUUAGCAAUGGCGCGGCGUCUCACGCGGUUACUGCCGCCAGUCAGUGCGGGGUUAGGGGACACACCCGUGUGCCGACGGGGGUUGGCGGUCGGGAGCACGGGCGCCGGCCGGCUGACGGCGGCGGAGCUCGCGGCCCGGGUACGGCGGGAAGCCGGGCAGGAGGCCCAGGGCGGGGAGGGGCAGACGCUGCACUCCCAGCGGGUCCAAAAGCUGAGGCGUAUGACCCGUUCUCUGCAACAGGCCCAUCCCAAUGUGCUGGCGAAGGUACUGAAGAAGGGACUGAUCUUCCAGAGCCCAGAGCUGGUGGUCGUCAGCAAACCCUACGGGGUCCCAAUGGAAGGUGCAUCGUGGGUUCUAGCACAAACUUGUCCAAGGGGGGGCCCCAGUGUCCAUGACGUGCUGCCCGUCCUCUCGAAGAUGCUGCACGGGAUGCGUGCGGAGCCUCUGCACCUCUGCCACUGGUUGGACAAGGACACCAGCGGCGUCCUGCUUCUGGCCUGUGACCAAUCCUCAGCCCUCAGGGUCCAACAGCUGUUCCAGACUCAGCAGGUCACCAGGAAGUUCUGGGUGGUCACAGUGGGAGUCCCCGUGCCUUCGGAAGGAGUCAUUGACAUCCCCCUGGUGGAACGAGAGGCAUCACGGCCCAGGAAGCACUUCAAGAUGGCCCUAGCUCCCCUCUUUCGAAUGGGUGAUGCUGCAGGGAGUGUGGUGAGGGUGAGGCAGAACCGGUCGGCACACAGCGCAGUGACGCGCUACCGAGUGCUGGAUACCUCCGGUCCCACAGCAUUGGUGGAGGUUCAGCCAAUCACAGCUGUGAAGCACCAGGUGCGGGUACACAUGGCCCUGGGUCUCGGCUGCCCUGUCCUCGGUGACCACAAGUAUUCCAAGUGGAGCAGCCUGGAGCCACAGAAGCUACCUCGCUCAGUACUCACCCUCCUGGGCUUGACCCAACCAGCUUCACGUCACCUGGGUCUGCACCUACACUGCCGGGAGCUCACCCUCCCACCAUCGUCCCCCUCCAUCCCCCCGACCCCUACCCUCCUCUCCACCCUCCCUCCCCACAUCCUGCACUCCCUCCGCAAGCUCAGGCUCCAUCUCCCCACUACCAGCAAGGACGUCCCACCAGUGAAUGACUGAGAGCAGGACGGUGUGGAGAGAAGAAGAAGGACUCGCCUCAGGACUUGACUGCUCACUCCCCUCUUGUCCAGCUCCCCCUCUCAGCUCUUCCCCUCUCCCUACCCACUCCUCUUCUCCACCCAUCCCUUUUUACCUUCCUCCCCACCCCUCCUGCCUUUUCUCCUCUCUUCUUUCCAGACCGUCUCCCCCUUCCGUGCCCUUCCCCUUACACCCUACCCCUCCUUCCUCAACCCCUCUUCUCACCUGAUCUUUUCACUCUCCUGAAUAAAACUGUGAA